GUCUGCUUUAAUUUAGGGCAUUUCAACUUGCGCGGCGCCAUGUUCGCUCACGUUCCCAUUUGCCAUCAUGCAUCCUGUUAAGCGGUCGUUCCCGCCCAACUCGCGCUACCCCGACGAAUUCCUCCGCAAGAUCCCCAAGACAGAUCUGCAUUGCCACUUGGACGGGUGCGUCCGUCCCGCUACGUUGGUCGAACUCGCCAAGGAACAAGGGGUUGAACUCCCCACGUAUGACGUGCCCCACCUCUCGACGUGCGUGUUCAAGGAAACCUACGACAACUUGGAAGAGUACUUGCAAUGCUUUGCGUACACAUGCGCCGUCCUGCGCAACCCUGCUGCUCUCGAGCGUGUCGCGUACGAACAGGCCGUCGACCAGUAUGCAGUCGGCGUCCGAUAUUUCGAAACGCGGUUCGCACCACAACUCCUCGCCAUUCCUGGGAAACUGUCGAUCGAGGAGAUCCUAGUCCAUGUGAACAAUGGUCUCAAGCGCGCGACCGAUGAAGCUAAUGCUGCGAUUGAUGUUCAGAGCGGUGCUGCCCCUUCCCACGGAUACGGCAUCAUUGUGUGUGCCAUGCGCUUCUUCAUGCCCAACUUUGGUCCGUACUACGAGCAAUUUUGCCACGUACAUCGCUACGAAGAUCCCCAUCGUCUGUACGGUUUGGCGUCCAUGGCGCUCAUCACACAAGCGCAUGCGGCAAAGGAAGCAUUCAACCUGCCCAUCGUCGCGUUGGACAUUGCUGGCGCCGAGAACGGGUUCCCUGCGUCCGACCAUGUCGAAGCGUUUGCAUUCGCCCACAAGAAAUUCAUGCACAAGACCGUGCACGCCGGGGAAGGGUACGGUCCCGAGAGCAUCUUCUCGGCUAUCACGGACCUCCACGCUGAGCGCAUUGGCCACGGCUACCACCUUUUCCACGCGAACGAAAUCCGCAAGGACAUGAAGCCCGAACAAAAGCAAGCGUACGUAGAUGGCCUCGCGCAGUACGUGGCCGAUCGCCGCACAUGCCUCGAAGUGUGUGUGUCGUCGAACCUCCAAACCGUCCCAGACAUCGAGAACGACGCAUCUCGCCACCCGCUGACCAACAUGCUCGACGGCAAACUCGCUGUGUCGCUCUGCACGGACAACUGCACCGUGAGCAAGACCGACAUGUUUCGAGAAGUCCGUCUUGCCGUCGACGCGCUCGAUCUCAAGCCGACCGAGCUCCGCCGCGUGAUCCUGACGGGAUUCAAGCGGUCGUUCAUGCCAGUGCCGUACAAACUCAAGCGAAAGUACACAUACGACGUGAUCGAGUACUACGACAAGCUGUGCAACGAAUACAAGAUUGAGUAAGCGACGAUUACAAACCCGGUACGGGAAGCUUGCGCAGUUUGUUGCGCUUGAAAUCGGCGCCGAGAAGCGACGUGUACGUGCAUCGCUCGUCCUUCUCGAUCAGGCCGUCGCGGUAGACGAGGUCAAACCCGCCGACGCGGUCUUCCUUUGUCUUGAGUCUACCACCACGUAUAUCAGUGCUUUCACACAUGAAGCGUUGUCCCAGCACUUGUUUUCGAGAUCGAUAAUGUCGAGCAUAUCGUUGAGCAUGCCGCACUUGAGCUGGUAGUCCUGGGGCGUAUUGGCCGACAACUACGCAAGUGUGUGAUGCGAUGGCGCUCCGUCGACGGACCCACCGACGGCGACGCGUUCACUUCAAGGAGCCAUGGCUUGAGAUUCUCGUCGAUCAUGAUGUCGUACCCGUACAGUUCAAAGCAAUGCUUGUCGCUGAUGAUAAUCUUUUCCACGCUUCAUGGCGACGUGCGUUGGAUGGAAUCGCAUGCGAGCCCCGCUCGU